AAUUGAUUGAUAAAUAAAAAAAAAGUAGACGAGGAGAGAGAAACCUAUGGAUAGGAUUCCACAGAUUCCCAUCGAGAUCGAGAUCGAGGCGGCCGCGAGACGGCAGGGAUCCUGCCCGUCCCAUUCCCCCCCUCUCUCCCCUCGCCCCCAGAAACGGAAAACCAGCCCAGCGGCAGCGUGCCAGGGGAAUAAAAUCCUAGUCAAAUACUGACGGGGAGGACGAACAUCACAGCAGCAGAAAUCCGGCCUUGUGAAGCACGGCGCCGUCCAGCCAGCCAAGGGAGGGAGUAGGCAGACAAGCAACGCAACGCAAGAGCGCUCCGCUCCGAUCCGAUCCCCUGUCCGCCCGCCCGCCCGCCCGCCCGCCCGCAGUCUCCGCUCUUCUCCCCCUUCUCCAUUUAUUAGGGGCAGGGCAGGUUCACUUCUUGAUCCGCUCGCCUCAUCUUGCUAUCUGUGGAAGAUCGACGUCUUCCUCUUCCGCCGCUCAAGCUUGCGAGCACGUGGCCUGGAUCUUCAUCCCGUGGGUGGGGCUCACUCGUCCCGGCCGGCACCACUUCUUGCAGAUCCAGGCGGAUUCUUGACAUGCGAGACUGAUGACGGCGGCGGAAGCGAGAGCUGCUUGGCAACGGGCCGCCAACCGCUGCUUGUUUCAGGAGGAUGCAAAGAGGGCUCCCAAACUGGCCUGCUGUCCACCGUCGAUGCAGCAGCAGCAUGAAGCAAACAGCGGGAACCCCACCAGUCCGCGAGACUGCCACAUCCCAAACUUCAUGCAUUUGAACUGGAACCCGAUGAACUCCAGUCAGCCGAUAGACGCCUGGUUUCUUCAGCUGCAGCCCAAUUUCGGGUCCCACAAGGUGCUUUCUGGCGACCGUCUGAAUUACAUGGGCGGAGAGGCCAGCGCCAAGAAAGUGGACAGUUUCUCGCCCGUCUCUACGCUUGACGACAUCAACACCAAGAAGAGCGAGUGCCCUUCUGAGCCGCCGUGGAUGGUUUCGACGGCUUUUAUGAAGCAAACAUCUGAAGCACCUUGCGAAGGGUGCCCUCAAGCGAGUCUCAAGUGCAGAGGAAAUCCGAAUAGCUUGCUUCGUGAGGACAAAGAGUUUAUGGAGUUCAAAACCUUCGAUCCUUUGUUUCCCAAGAAACCACAGAAGGCGUGCUAUGAGAUGGAUCCACCUUGGGAACAAGACAGGAAGUCUCAGCCCUGGUGGCAAGUAGCUGAUGAGGAAGGAUUGGCUUCGCUUGUCGCGGAAAGGGCAAUGCAGCACAUUGAGAACAACGAUCUGCCAAAGCCCACUCAGGUAGUGCGUAUUCAUGGGCCAAAACUGAACGGCCAUGAAAACAAGGAUGGCUGUGGGAAUUCAUCUUCUUCUUCGCAACCUCAACUACAUGACACCAUGAUGUGCAGCUAUAGCCUCUCGAGCACCAAUGAGACGAAUUCAUCUGACGGUGGAGGCUGGCAACAGUCUCACAAAAAUGAUGCGCAUGGGGGCACACAGGAUUCAUAUAGUAGUGGUGAUCAUACACCAGGGAGCAAGCAAACAUAUCAGAAUCAGAAAGAUGCCGAGAGGGCCCAGCUACUGGAUGCUCUUCGCCAUUCGCAGACACGGGCUAGGGAAGCUGAGGUGGCUGCCAAGAAUGCUCACGAUGAGAAAGACCACGUCGUCAAGCUAUUGUUUCGUCAGGCCUCACACCUCUUUGCGUGUAAGCAGUGGCUGAAAAUGCUGCAGCUGGAGAACAUAUGCCUCCAGCUCAGGCUGAAAGAGCAUCAGAUAGCAGCCAUGUUCCCGGAGCUUCCCUGGACGGUGAUGAAGGAGGAGAAGGCGGAGCCAGAAGAGGAGCGAAAAGGCAGGGCAAAGAAGAAAAGCAGGAGGCAGAACAAGGAAGGUGGCUUCUGCAAGGCCAUCAUGUUUGCAGUUGGCGUAGGCAUCGUCGGCGCAGGGUUGCUCCUUGGAUGGACCUUUGGGUGGCUGCUGCCCAGGUUGUAAGUUCUUCUACCUAGCGUGCAGUUCAACGAAUAGGUGGUAGGUAAAUCUCCAGAUAUCUGCUUCAUGAAGUAGGAGAAUGAAAAUGGUUGAAUUCUUAGAAGUACUCAUACAAGCCUGAUGAUUUGGAAGCCUUGCUGGUGAUAUCUCUCCACGAUCCACACCACGCCUUCGUGUAUAUAUAGGAAGGUUUUAGUGUACAUAUUUGCCAGAAAUGGGUAUUUCUGGCACACCUGUUGGUUCCAUGGGUGAUGGGUUGAAGGUGUAAAUAGUGUGCCUGAGUGGUGGUGGAACUUCAAAAUCAGUCGACUUGAACGGUGUGUAAGCCUGUACUGUAAGUAAGUUUGUUUGGAGUUUGGACAAUGUGUACUGCAACUUUGUUAUUUUCUUGAUGUUUACAAACCGAUCGUGUGUUGGUAGCGACACUUUGUAAACCUGGGCUGCAUAAGUCUAUAACUUGGUUCUUUGUUAAAUGUAAGAGAAGUUUAAUACUAUUACUCAGCUUGGUAUUGACCAACUGAGCACAAUUUGGUGGCAA